CUAAUUUGGAAACUAACGGUCGAAUCAUCAGUUGUUCGACGGGACUCCCUACUCUAUUCCAAUAGAGGCUGGUAACCUGCCCAACUCCCUACGGUGCCCAUGGCUUUAUUUAGUGGGUUUCUAAGGCGAUAUCAUUGCCACCAGUCCCGAUCUUUUGGAUUUGUGCGUUGCAUCGGGCCCUUGUCCCUUCGUUCUCGAUUGCCACAUCAGAAUGUGAUAAGGGGUGAUAAAGAAGUGAUCAUAGAAUGGAAUGGGGCCAAGUCGGUAUUCAAUAAUAUGUGGCUGCGGGAUCACUGCAGGUGUCCGGAAUGCUUUCAUCCAAUUACCCGUCAACGCCUGGUAAACACAUUUGACCUUCUAGAUCAAUCUCUUCAAGGUGAGACCUGGAUUCCCCAUCGUGAGCAGUAAUUCAACCUCGCCCAGAUGUGACGGCCACACGGGAAGGAUUAAAAGUCAUCUGUGAGGGGUAUUUGACAGACUACAGGGUUCCGCCUACUGAGC